AUGGACGUCAACGAUACCGGUCACGUGCAGGAGCUUGAGCGCAACUUCUCCCUCUUUUCUAUCUGCUCUGUUGGAAUCGUGACCGGAAACACGUGGGCAGCACUUGGGGGAUCAAUCGUUGUUGCCAUCUACAACGGAGGACCUCCUGGUGUGCUCUAUGAGUUUAUUGCUGUCUCCAUUUUCUACUGGCUAGUCGCUGCAUCCCUUGCUGAACUUGCUUCUUCUAUGCCAACUAGUGCCGGGGUUUACCACUGGGCAUCGAUCACACCUGGUCCUAAGUAUGGCAGAAUCUGUGGCUGGUUUGCCGGUUGGUGGAACACUUUUGCUUGGAUUUGUGCUACGGCCACGAUGGCAAGUAUCAGCAGUCAAAUCGCUGUAGCCAUGUAUGGACUAUACCGUCCAGAAUACAUGCCACAAAGGUGGCACAUCUUCAUCGGAUAUUUGAUAGUCACAUGGGCUUGCUGUGCAACCGUUCUCUUCGCAAACAGAGCUCUUCCAAUGGUGAACAACAUUGGAUUGUUCUUCAUCCUAGCAGGAGUCCUCAUCACCAUUCUCGUAUGUGCCAUUAUGCCGCAUACCAGCGGUUCUGGAUACGCUUCUUCCUCGUUUGUCUGGUCUGAAUGGUCAAACCAGACGGGCUAUUCCAGUGAUGGAUUUGUCUUUCUAGCUGGCAUGUUGAAUGGAGCCUAUGCCGUGGGAACACCAGACUGCGUAUCACACCUGGCAGAAGAAAUCCCUCAUCCCAAACGGAAUGUACCCCUCGCUAUCGCAGCCCAAAUGGUGAUUGGGUUUGUCACGGCAUUCUUCUACAUGAUUGCCAUUUUCUACGCUAUUGCAAACAUCGACGAUGUCCUUACUGCACCUUACUUUCCGCUCGCGACGAUUUACGCACAAGCGACAUCAUCGAAUGCUGGGACUUUGGGAUUGUUAUUCAUCAUCUUUGUCCCGAUCUUCUGUUGCUGCAUUGGAACCUUCAUUACCGCUGGCCGCUGCCUUUGGACAAUCUCCAGAGAUGGAGCCGUUCCAUUCUCCGGUACCCUAGGUGUUAUCUCACCCCGCUUCAAAAAUCCAUUCAAUGCGACCCUAUUUUGCGGGUGCUUUUCUACCGUCCUCGGGGCAAUCUAUGUUGGUUCAUCCACGGCGUUCAACGCUUUCGUCGGAUCCUUCGUCGUUCUGAGCACCUUAUCAUACCUCGCUGCGAUUCUCCCCUUCAUUUUUACGCGCAGAUUUUCUCGGUCAUCACAAGCACCCGGGCCUUACAUCAACAGCAUGAGGCCGGGACCGUACCAGAUGGGCCACGAACUCGGAUAUGGCGUCAAUAUCAUCAGUUGUCUUUACAUCAUUGUUUUCGUGGUCAUCUACUGUUUCCCAUAUUCGCUUCCAGUCACAGCUGUGAAUAUGAAUUAUGCUUGCCUGAUCACAGGCUCUAUGUCGAUAUUUGCCGCGCUGUGGUGGUUUGUCAAAGGUGGUAACUACGUUGGCCCGAAAGUAACGGCUCAUGAAGACGAGUCGCAUUCAGCGGGAAUUGUUGCGCCAACAGAAGAGCCGAUUCCGACAAAGGAGUAA